GAGCCCAGCUUUGUUACAGAGCGAGCGGUGCGGCGCCUCCCAGGGUCAUUGAAAAAACAAAACAAGGGAGAGAGAUGUCGUGUAAUCAUUCAGCAAUCCGGGGCCAAUCGCGAACAGACUGAUUUCUGACUUUUUAAAAAAUCCUCUCUCUCUUUCCUUCCAGCCAUUCAGAGCACCUUUGCAAAACAAAAGCGUUUGCGUUUUGCAAGACAUUCCCCUUUUUUUUAUUGUUGUCGCAAGCGUUCCCAUUGAUUCACACACACACAGCGAUUCUUGUGGCUGGCUGUUUUGGUUUCUCUCUCUGAGGGGUAGGUUUUGUUUUGACCUGAUGCUCGGUCAGUGAGGUGUUGUCCCCAUGUUAGAGAAAUUUCCUUGCGCCCCGUUCGACUCGGAAAUGGCGUUCUGCAAGGCGACGGGCUGGCUGCACGACCAGCUGGAGAGGGGCAACGACCGGCUGCUGGUGGUGGACUGCAGAGCCCAUGAACUGUACGACUCGUCGCACAUCGAGGCGGCCAUCAACGUCGCCAUCCCCGGGCUGAUGCUGCGACGCCUGAGGAAGGGCAACUUCCCGGUCAAGUCGCUGAUCUCCAACAACGAGGACAAGGAGCGCUUCGCCCGGCGCUGCAACACAGACAUCAUCCUGCUGUACGACCAGAGCACCCUGGAAUGGAACGAGAACAUCAACGCCACCUCGGUGCUGGGCUUGCUGCUUAGAAAGUUAAAGGACGAGGGCUGCAAAGUGUUCUGCUUGGAAGGCGGCUUCAGUAAGUUCCAGGCGGAAUACCCGACACACUGUGAGAGUAACCUGGACAGUUCGUGUGGGAGCUCAUCGCCCACCAUGCCAGUGCUGGGUCUCGGGGGUCUCCGCAUCAGCUCAGACUCCUCCUCAGAUAUCGAGUCUGAGCCGGACCCCAGCAGUGCGACCGAGUGUGACAGCAGUCCCCUGUCCAACAACCAGCAGCCUUCAUUCCCUGUCGAGAUCCUGCCCCACUUGUACCUGGGCUGCGCUAAAGACUCCACCAACCUGGACGUUCUGGAGGAACAUGGCAUCAAGUACAUCUUAAACGUGACUCCAAACCUGCCGAACCUCUUUGAGAAUGUCGGCGAGUUCAAAUACAAACAGAUCCCCAUUUCUGAUCACUGGAGUCAAAACCUGUCUCAAUUCUUCCCUGAAGCCAUUGCAUUCAUAGAUGAGGCCCGUAACCAGAGCUGUGGAGUGCUGGUGCACUGUUUGGCUGGGAUCAGUCGGUCAGUCACUGUAACUGUGGCCUAUCUGAUGCAGAAGUUGAACCUCUCUAUGAAUGAUGCCUAUGACAUUGUGAAGAUGAAGAAGUCCAACAUCUCUCCCAACUUCAACUUCAUGGGGCAGCUGCUGGACUUUGAGCGGACCCUGGGCCUCAGCAGCCCCUGUGACAACCGGUUGUCCUCACAGCCUCUGUACUUUACCACCACACCCACCAACCAGAAUAUGUUCCAGCUCGACCCACUCCAAUCCACUUGACUGCUCAACUCAGCACCAGUGAGUAGAAGCUCAGAAGAAUUUUAAUGGUCAAAUCACUGACAUGUAAAGGGGCUCGAGAAGGGUAUGAAAAAGAAGCAGCUGAUUUCACUGAAGGCAACUUGACUCUUUUGUUCAAGCAGCUGUUGUGAAGUGGGGAGACCCUGACCCUUUGACUUUGAGACCACUGAUGGUUCACAAAGUUAGUUGGAAAAGUGCAGUGGCUGAAAGCUUCACAGUCUGAAGCAGGACAAAGAGAGAAGUCAGGCGAAGUACUCGCACUGUCUUGCUUAAUCCCUUCUUUCUUUGAGUUCUAUUGGUUGCAAAACGUUGGUCUUCAUUGAAGACUUUGUUUAAUCAGGCUGGCUAGGAGAGAAGAAAAAAUGUUUUGAGUGUUCUGGAAUUGGCCACAAUUACAUUUCUGUACUCUAAAUUCUGUAGAGUACUUUACAGCAUGAUUUCUGUAUAAAUUGUCUGUGUACAGGUCCAGUGUCACAAAUUGUACAUCAACCAAGAUUAAGUAUUAUUGGGUGGAUUGCUGUAAGGAAAGUAGCUUCCUAUAGGUACCUGAGAUUGAAUUCAGUGCAUCUCCUUCCUCGUAAAUGUUAAUGACAGGAAAUGUACAAUUUCGUAUGUAAAUUAAUAUUGUUUUAACUGAUCCUUUGGAAAGCAUAUGCCAAAAAAGGUUGUGUUUGACUUGCUUUGAUAUGUUGCUUUAUCUAUGUAUGAGUGCAAUUUGAAGCUGGUUUAUGAUUUAUGUUCUCUUGUUUCCCUCUAUUUUCAGCUGAGCUCCUUGUUCAUGUGUAAACAAUGCUUGUGAUUUCUUGCUAAUGAAUGAGUAGACUGUUAUUUGAAAAUGGGACUGGCAAAUUUCUUUGCGUUAAUUUUUAUAAUAGACAAUGCGUAUCUCAUACAGUGCAUUACCUCUGUGCAGACUCUUCAGGGAAGUUAAUCAUGAAUGCAAUAGUUUUUUUUCUAUAAGUCUGUAUUUAAAACUGGAAUCUGAAACUGUAUGUAUACACUGCACUUGCUGUAACUCAGUAGCCAGUGAGAAAUUGUCCCCAGUUCAUUCUCGCCAACGAUUUCAAGUUGGAUGGGGGAUUUUAUUACUGUAUAAGAAUGAUUGAUUGUAUAAAACUAAGUUAUUAAUAAAUAACUAUUUUGUCUAUAUAGAAUCUUA